AUGACCUCUCAGGGCCUCAAGCUAUGGCGUCACCAGCUCCAGCUGGUACCAGAGGACGUCGGGCUUCCGCUACUUCUCCACGCACUUCGGGGGUAUCUGAUGUUUCUGUGCGGUCUACUUCGAGAGGAUCUUCUGCGCGAACACCUCGGGCUUCAGCUACUUCUCCACGCGCUUCAACGAUAUCUGAUUUUUCUGCACGGUCUACCGCGAGAGGAUCUUCUGCGCGAACACCUCGGGCUUCAGCUACUUAUCCACGCGUUUCAACGAUAUCUGAUGGUUCUGCACGGUCUACCGCGAGAGUAUCUUCUUCGCGAACACCUCGGGAUCCUUCCCGGCCUACCCACAAAAAUAAUGUCGGUGCUAGUAGUAGAGCCGGGGCGCCAACACCGUCGUCGUCACCGCCAGCCCCUCGAACUACCUGCAAUGCUCCCAACCGUUCUUCGAGACGACCUGAAAUUGACCGAACGGGUCCAUCGCCUGCCAGCACUUCCUCACAUCUUGAACACUCAGUGGAAACUCGCCCUAUCCGGGGUCAUUGAUUACCUGGCCAAGAAAGGCUACAGCCGAACGGAAGCUAUGCUGCGGAUGGAAUCUGCCAAUCAGGAGAUUGAUGGUCGCCCUCUUCCCCAGCUGGGAGAGGACUCCCGCCCCAAGACCCGACAAGGAUUUGAUUUACUCAAGAACUGGGUCGAGGAAAACCUCGAUCUGUACAAGCCUGAAUUGCGUCGUGUUUUGUGGCCGCUCUUUGUUUACUCGUUCUUCAACAUGGUGACAUCCUUCUACCCCCAAGAUGCCAAGAACUUCUUCGAGGCCAACAAGAAUAUGUUCCUGCCUGAGCAUACAGAUGAUGUCCGUCACUUCGAGCCUAUCAGCUUGCCAGAGCAUUUGCAGGACAACAGUGUUGCCAAACUCUACCGCAACAACAAGUACCGCGUCGUCCUGAGUAACCCCGCAUACACAAACCUGCUCCAGUUCCUCGAGAGCAAGGACAAGGAGGGUGGCUCUGUGAUGAAUGCAAUUCUCAGCAGCUUCUGCUCCGUGAAGACCAUGGACCGUGCAGCCGAUGAUCGUUUUAGCUUUGCCUCCAUGUUGAACCAGAUGGCCCCCGGACAAAGCUCACCUGCCGAGGAUGAAGGUAUCCCUGGUCACCACCCUGGCUCCGCUUACACCGGUGACAACCCUGCUAUGGCUGGAACACUUCCACGUCUGAGGCUCGGAAAGCUCCCAAUGGAACAGACACUGGAGGAAGAUGUGCGCGCUGAACUUGCAGAGGUAGAUGCGAAAGAGCCCCCAAUCGCUGGCCGCAACACUCUCUCCCAGGAGUUUGAACACAUGAUCAAGAAAGAAGAUGAGGAUGAGGCUCCUUCUCGCGCCGAUAUUCCAUUCCCGCCCUCCAAUGCCCGUGACGUGGAACUUGAAGUCAGACGGGUUAUGGAGCACCGUGAUCGGUUUGAGAUCAAGGGUCGCACGGGGGGUGUAGGCCCUGGCGUCAGCGUUUGCAUGUUCACAUUCCACAAUACCUUGGACAAUAUCAACUGCAUGGACUUUUCCGACGACAACCAGCUCGUCGCUUGCGGCUUUGCCCAAUCCUACAUUCGUGUUUGGAGUCUUGAUGGAAAAAACAUUCAAGGGGCCCUUCCGGAAAUUGACGACUUCGCGCCCGCCAACUCUCGCCGUCUGAUUGGCCACUCAGGUCCUGUCUACGCUGUCGCUUUCCCUCCGUGUGCCUCUGCUCGCGAGGAUGUCUCAGAAGGAGAUGCUGUUCCCACCAAUGCUCGCUGGUUGCUCUCCUCAUCUGCCGACAAGACCGUUCGUCUAUGGUCUUUGGACACUUGGCAAUGUAUGGUUGUUUACAAGGGCCACGAUCGCCCCAUCUGGGAUCUCCGCUGGGGACCUUUCGGUCAAUACUUUGUGACCGGUGGAUCGGAUCGUACUGCCCGCCUGUGGGUGACUGACCACAUUCGUCAGCAGCGUAUCUUUGUUGGCCACGAUCAAGAUGUGGACUGUGUGUGUUUCCACCCCAACUCGGCUUAUGUUUUCACCGCCAGUUCUGACCACACUGUCCGCAUGUGGGCUGUCACUACUGGUAAUGCUGUCCGUAUGUUCACUGGCCAUGCCGGAAAUGUCACCGCCAUGGAGUGCAGCCGCGACGGCAAGCUCUUGGCUACUGCUGAUGACCAAGGUACCAUCAUUUUGUGGGAUCUAGCUCCUGGACGACUCCUGAAACGCAUGCGUGGCCAUGGUAAAGGUGGCAUCUGGUCUCUCAGCUGGAGUGUUGAGUCUACUGUUCUUGUCUCCGGUGGAGCUGAUGGCACCGUCCGUGUCUGGGACGUUGCUGAAUCUCAGGAAAACACCCAGGGCCGCGUUAUUGGCGAAGGUGGUGCUGGAUCCAAGCUCGAUGCUGGUACUACGUCUACCACUCAGAAUAAGAAGAAAAAGGGCAAGGAUGUUGUCGUCACUGCAGAUCAGAUCAGUGCUUUCCCGACCAAAAAGAGUCCUGUUUACAAGGUCAAGUUCACAAACAUGAACUUGGUCAUUGCGGGUGGUGCCUAUCUUCCCAUGUAG